AUGAAUGGAGAUGACCAUUUUUCGUCGAAAAUUAGUGUAGGGGGAUUGUUAAAUACUGAUAAAGUUAACUUGGUCUGCCUAAUACUUGACAACCUCGAAAUUUACCAUAAACAUCAUCGCCAACUCCUUCGCUAUGUCCCUUCUGAGGCUGCUGCUCAGCUUUGUGAAGGGUCUCCAAAUGGAGCUGCUGUAGAUGUUCAAAAUACUAAUGAUGUUCAUGCUGUGUUUGUUCAACAACAUGCGCAGCCUCCUGGAAUUUAUUGCAAUAAUUUACAAGUAGGUAUUCAAUUAAAGUUGAUAUGUGACGAAAUAGGUUUUAAAAGAGAAGCAAAUGUUCCCUUCACCCUACUUUUGAAAGUUCCCUUCACACUACAAAAUAAUGUUCCCUUCACACUACUUUUGUAUGUUCCUUUCACCUUAUAAAAAAUGUUCGCUUCACCCUACUUUAUGAAUGUUACCUUCACUCCAUAAAAAAUAUUCCCUUCACCCUACUUUUGAAUGUUCCCUUCACUCUACAAAAAAUGUUCC